AUGUAUCUCUCCUUAGGGCAUAUUAUAUCCCUCUUCGCCUUCCUUCCCUCCCUCACACAUGCACAGGCAGGCUUGGGUGGUGACGUUGCCACAUUGGCAGCCACGCAGAUGGCAACCACAACACUCAAUUGUCCAUCACUUUAUACUUCAGGUGGUACCACGACCGUUAAAUAUAUAGCCACAUAUACACAGACAUUUGCGGCAACAGCACUGGGUACUUGGGCUAUUGGAGCUACGCCUCUGGUGGGGAGCGUUGGAUUAGGAAAUAUUGCAGGGACGGUCGGGACUGUCAAAAAUAAGAGGGCUUCACCUAGUGGAGUGUUUGCGGAGAGUCAUUAA